CCGGUACCACCACCGAAGGAGUGGAAGACCAAGAAACCUUGAAGACCGGUACAGUUAUCGGCGAGCUUACGGAUACGGUCAAGGACAGAGUCGACGAGCUCCUUACCAACAGUGUAGUGACCACGAGCGUAGUUGUUAGCAGCAUCUUCCUUACCAGUGAUCAAUUGUUCUAAAAAGAGAGAAUGUAAGAAAACAUGUUUAUCAAUUUAAAAAAAAAAAGACUUACCAGGAUGGAAGAGUUGUCUGUAAGCACCAGUACGGACUUCAUCAACAACAGUGGGUUCCAAAUCGACCAUGACAGUACGAGGAACAUGCUUACCAGAGCUGGUUUCACUGAAGAAAGUGUCAAAGGAGUUAUCACCAGUUUGGUUUUCUUGGGGAAUGUGACCAUCAGGUUGAAUACCGUGUUCAAGACAGUAAAGUUCCCAACAGGCGUUACCAAUUUGGACACCAGCUUGACCAACGUGAACGGAAAUAACUUCUCUCAUUUUAGAUUAUUCUUGUAUAGGGUGUGUUUAAAGUUGUGUUAUUCAAAAGUUAAGGGAGAAUAAACAACCAAAAGAAAAAGAUAAAGAAAAAGAAGACUGUGAAAAGAAAGGAGAAUUAUU